CAAAAACGUUAUCAAAGAUAUCAACGAGAGUGUUUGGUUCUCGGAUUCUAUCCCGAAACACUCUUUCCUGACAUGGCUUGCGGUAAAAAACAGACUGUCCACUGGUUAUUUUCUAUUAUUUAUCUAGCGAACCAAGAAACUCCUGUGCCAAAUAUAGAAAUAGCUUCUAUGGAUUUCACUGUACUUAAUAUUACACAAACUCGUCUCAGUGCAAAUUGGGAUUUAUUGAUUAGGGUUCCCAGUGACCUUCCUAAUGUCUUCAUAUGUCUUCAAGGAGACAUUCAAGCUUCAGUGUUUUACAAAAACAUUAAUCUUGUUACUUCGUCCGGACAAAGGUACAACGAUCUCAAAUCCUGCUCUCCUCAACAACUUAGGGUUUCAGCUUCUAUAUCUGAAGAAGAUAUCGGUGGUUUGAUUGGUAAAAACAUUAUCAAAGACAUCAACGAGAAGAGAGAAGUGAAGUUCGGAUCGCAGUUGUUUCUUACGGAUUGUAGAAAAGGGACAACAGGAGUUUUGAGCUAUGUGUGUGAUGAAACCACUUUGCGGUUCGAGCCAGGUUCUGAGACCAAGGCGACUAAGUUCGGGAACAACCCUACAUGCACUAAAUUUUGACUAGUUUGUUGUCU